GCAGAAGGAGAAAGGGCGUCUGAUGCCAGCUGCCAACAUGACAGAAACCCUGCAGCUCCCGGCGCUGCGGGUCCCCGAGCAGCAGGUGCUGGAGGGCGGCUGCGCCUGGUCCAGCUCGUCCACCCCGACCCUGCGCAGGAAGCGCUUCAAGAUGAGGCGGAUGAAGAACGUGCAGGAGCAGAGCCUGGAGGCCGGCAGGUACCCGGAGUCUCCUUCCUCCAGCAAGGAAUUCCUGCAGCUCCCAUCCAUUGAGAUCACCCCCUCCAGUGACGAGGACACCCCCUGGUCCAACUGCUCCACUCCCAGUGCCUCCCCGCGCCGCAAGCGCUUCCUCCUUCGGAAGUGGCUGCGCGUCCGAGAGAAGAAGGAGUGCAGUGAGAGCAGCAGCCAGCAGAGCAGCCAGCAGAGCAGCCACGACGAUGACUCUGCGCGCUUCCUGAGCCCCUCCAUGCGUGAGGACAGUACCGCCAGUAACUCCAACCGCAGCACGCCCGCCUGCUCCCCGAUCCUGCGCAAACGCUCGCGCUCGCCCACGCCGCAGGACGCCCCGGGCGACGCCAUGGUGGAGAAGGGCUCCGACCACUCCUCGGACAAGUCCCCGUCCACGCCGGAGCAGGGUGUCCAGCGGAGCUGCUCCUCCCAGUCAGGCCGCAGCGGGGCCAAGAACUCCAAGAAAAGCCAGAGUUGGUAUAAUGUGUUGAGCCCCACGUACAAGCAGCGCAAUGAGGAUUUCAGGAAACUCUUCAAGCAGCUCCCGGACACCGAGCGCCUCAUCGUGGAUUACUCAUGUGCUCUCCAGAGGGACAUUCUCCUGCAGGGCCGCCUCUACCUCUCCGAGAACUGGAUCUGCUUCUACAGCAACAUCUUCCGCUGGGAGACCCUGCUGACAGUUCGCUUGAAGGACAUCUGCUCCAUGACCAAGGAGAAGACAGCACGGCUCAUUCCCAAUGCCAUCCAAGUUUGCACUGACACUGAAAAGCACUUUUUUACUUCCUUUGGGGCUCGGGACAGGACGUACAUGAUGAUGUUCAGACUCUGGCAGAAUGCUCUGCUUGACAAGCCCCUGUGCCCCAAGGAGCUCUGGCACUUUGUCCACCAGUGUUACGGCAACGAGCUGGGGCUGACCAGCGACGACGAAGACUACGUGCCUCCUGAUGAUGACUUCAACACCAUGGGCUACUGCGAAGAAAUCCCCGUGGAGGAGAAUGAAGUCAACGACAGCUCCUCCAAGAGCAGCAUGGAGGCCAAGCCAGAAGCCAGCCCUCAGCUGCCAAAGAAAUCUGUCACUGCCAGCACCCUGACCUCCACGGGCAGCAGUGAAGCCCCAGCCUCGUUCGAUGGAGUGCUCCCAGAAGAGGAGGAGGCAGUGGCAGAGAGUCCUGUGGAGAAGGACCUUGGCAUUGCCAACAUCAUGGGAGAGAAGAUCGACAUCAUUGGCCCUGUGAACUCCCCCUCCCUGGACUUCAAUGACAACGAGGACAUUCCCACGGAGCUCAGUGACUCCUCAGACACCCACGAUGAAGGAGAAGUCCAGGCCUUUUACGAGGACCUGAACGGGCGCCAGUACGUGAACGAGGUGUUCAACUUCAGCGUGGACAAGCUCUACGACCUGCUCUUCACUGACUCCCAGUUCCAGAGGGACUUCAUGGAGCAGCGCCGCUUCUCUGAUAUUAUCUUUCACCCCUGGAAGAAGGAGGAAAACGGCAAUCAGACCAGAGUGAUCCUGUACACCAUCACCCUCACCAACCCUCUGGCCCCCAAAACUGCCACAGUCACUGAGACUCAGACAAUGUACAAAGCCAGCCAGGAGAGCGAGUGCUAUGUCAUAGAUGCAGAGGUGCUAACUCACGACGUCCCCUACCACGACUAUUUCUACACCAUUAACCGCUACACGUUGACUCGUGUUGCCAGAAACAAAAGCCGACUCAGGGUUUCCACAGAAUUACGCUACAGGAAACAGCCUUGGGGGCUGGUGAAAUCCUUCAUUGAGAAGAAUUUUUGGAGUGGUCUGGAGGAUUAUUUCCGUCACUUGGAGAGCGAGCUGACCAAAACAGAGAGCACGUACCUGGCGGAGGUGCACAGACAAUCCCCCAAAGAGAAGGUGAGCAAGCAAUCCACGGUGCGGCGGCGGAAACGCGCCCACGCCCACCUGAGGGUGCCACACCUGGAGGAGGUGCUCAGCCCCGUCACCACCCCCACGGAUGAGGAGGUUGCCCAUCGAAUCAAGCACGUGGCAGGUUCCACUCAGACACGGCACAUCCCUGAGGAGAGCCCCAGUGGCUUCCACCUGCAGAGUGUCUCCAAGCUGCUCCUUGUCAUCAGCUUUGUUCUGGUGCUGCUGGUCAUUCUCAACAUGAUGCUGUUCUACAAACUCUGGAUGUUGGAGUACACCACGCAGACGCUGACGGCGUGGCAGGGCCUGAGGCUGCAGGAGAGGUUACCCCAGUCUCAGACAGAGUGGGCCCAGUUGCUGGAGUCCCAGCAGAAGUACCACGACUCAGAGCUGCAGAAAUGGCGCGAGAUCAUCAAAUCCUCCGUGAUGCUCCUGGACCAGAUGAAGGAUUCUCUAAUAAAUCUCCAGAAUGGCAUCGGGUCCCGGGACUUCGGGUCAGAUCCAGAGGAGAAAAGGAAACGUUUCCAUUAACAGGCAGGAAUGCAGGAGGCCAGAGGACGGUGUGCAAUAUGUGUAAAUAGGAUAUAUAAAUAUAUAUAUAAAUAUAUAUAUAUAUACAGAUAUAAAUAUAUAUAUUAUAUACAGAUUUUAAGAGAAAAAAAAGAAAAAAAAAAAGAAAAAAAAGCCUAAAGAGGGGAAGGAG